UUCCUCUGCUGCUUUCUCAUAUUUCUAUUGUGUCGCGUGAACGAACACUCCGUGGUGGAGCUCUUAAUCCUUUUUUUUUUUUGCGUUUUCCCGAACUGCCCCUGUUCCCGCCAUGGAGGUGACGCUUCCCGCCGACGAGGGCGACGAGCUCGGCCGCUGCCGCCGCCUCCUGGCCUCUCUGUCCGCCGCCGCCUCCGACGCCCAGUCGUUCCGCAGCAGGUGGACCUCCGUCUCCGUCGCUGUCGCCCGCCUCUCCGCCGCUCUCGACGACCUCCCCGCACUCCCAACGAACCCCCUCGCCGUGGACCUCCUCCGCUCCCUCGCCCAGACACUCGCCCCAGCACUCGAUCUCGCUGCCCACUGCCGCUCCCCCGAACCCCCCGCCGCCAGGCUCCGCACCCAGAGCGAUAUCGCCGCCGCCUCCGCGGCCCUUCACCAGCUCGCUGCCGACGCCGACCUGCUUCUCCGCUCCGGUACCCUCCCCGAGCCACCUUCGCCGCCGCUGGAGGCGGCGGGGGGGAGCUCGCGCCGCGAGCUCGUCCGGGUGGAGGCCAGGAGCCUCGUGACACGCCUACAGAUUGGGAGUUCCGCUUCGAGGAUCUCCGCCUUGGAUUCUCUUCUCGACCUACUCCGCGAGGACGACAAGAACGUCGUGGUCGUCGCCGCCCAUGGGGUGGUACCGGCGCUGGUCCGCCUCCUUGACUCCACCGCGGUCGCCGCCUCCUGCCACGAGGCGAGGGACAAGGCUGCGGCGGCGAUCGCGAGGAUCUCUGCCGUGCCGAGCUGUCGCCAUCUUCUGCUGGCUGAGGGCGCAACCCUCCUCAAUCACCUUGCCCGCGUCCUCGAGUCCGAGGGCGGCGCCGCCAAGGAGAAAGCUUGCGUGGCCCUUCAAACCCUAACGCUGACCAGGGAAAAUGCGAUCAUCAUCGGGUCCCGCGGUGGAAUCGCAGCACUCCUCGAGAUCUGCCGCGCCGGAACACCCUCCGCCCAGGCUACCGCCGCUGCAGUGCUGAAGAACCUCGCCACAGUUCAAGAACUUCGACAGAACUUCCUGGAAGAGAACGGAGUCCCCGUCCUCCUCAGGGUUUUGGCCUCGGGGAUUCCUCUUGCCCAAGAGAACGCUGUUGGUUGCCUCUGUAAUCUAUCAGCUGGCGAAGAAUCACAGAGCAUAAAGCUGUCUAUCUUUAAAGAGGGGGCUUUGGAAUGCAUAAAGAACUACUGGGAAGCAGGCGGCAGUGCAGAUGAUCGAAAUCUCGAGCCUGCAAUCGGUUUACUAAGAAAUCUGGCAUCGUUUAGGUACAUUGCUGAGAUCAUUGUCACUGCUGGCUUCCUUCCUCUCAUUAUUGCUGCACUGGAAGACAGCAAGCCAGGAACAAGAACGGAGGCAGCCAAGUCAGUCGCUGAAUUGGGUUUGGUCAUACGGAGGACGAGGAAGGAGCUUGGGGAUGCCGUGUCUCGACUAGUCCGCAUGUUGGAGGCCAAAGCUGUGGAAGAGAAGGAAGCUGCCACAAGGGCUUUGGCCUCACUCAUGUCGUUCCCCGGAUACCAAAGAUUGUUAAGGAAGGAGGAGAAGGGGAUUGUAAAUGUAGUGCAGCUCCUUGAUCCCUUGGUCCUUGAUUUCGAUAAGAGGUAUGCAAUCUUGGUAUUGCGAUCAAUUUCGCAGUCAAGGAAGUGCAGGAAGCAAAUGGUGGCUGCAGGAGCUUGCGGGUACCUGCAGAGACUUGUGGAGAUGGAGGUGGAUGGAGCAAAGAAGCUUCUUGAGAACUUGGGAAGGGGAAAGAUAUUGGGGGUGUUUCCAAGAACUUAGUUACAGAGUCAGCAACAAGAAGGAUCCAGCAUUUGAAGGUUACUUCUUGAUCUGGAUUACAAGACCUUGGAGUACUUAAGUAGUGGUAAAGCAAUGGCAAGAUUGGGAAGGACUAGAAGAGCCUGAGAUCUUAUUAUGUCCAGUCUAAGCGCUACAGGAAAAGAUAUAUCAGGAGCGGUCAGGGUUUGGGUCAUCUAUCCAAAGGUCAAGUUUAGAUAUCAGAGUGACAUAUUUUAGAUAUCAGGACUUCAAUUGCCCGCAUGGAUCCUCCUUGCACCCCAACAUUGUUAAAGCCUCAGAUUGGGUCAUCUAUCCAACGGUCAAGUUUCUUCGGCAAAAGCAACAUUGUCAAGUUUUUAUGCAAAGUAUCCUGCAUCACUGAUGCAAGUCCUGCAGAUGGAUUGAAACCUGAAAGGUGGAGAGGAUGAAGGGAAGGCACUGAUGGAGUGGUGGCAGCUACCAGAAGCAAAUUUUGUGGUUCUCAAUGUUCAUUACCUACAGGAGAAGACCAUAUUGUAUGUGCCUACUUUAUAACUGCUGCAACUUUUGGCAUCUCUGUUUCCUUGGAGGACAGAGGUUGACCAGUAGAAGUGCCAUGCUUCUAUUGUUCUUCAUUUGCCAACACCCCAUCCUUGGUACAUGAACACAACUAAACAAAAAGGAGAAGACAAUGCAUAUUAUAGACCUUUCCCCAGGUUACAGUAUGAAGAACAUGACCAUCUCAUGUCUUUUACAGCAUAAACCUAGCAAUGACAGAAACUUUCAGAGGAAAAGAUUUCUCCACCUGGUUCCGUCAACAUAAAUCCAUCUUGGUUUGCAAAACUCCAUCACGAGUCCUUCCACUUCAAACAGGUAAAAAGAGAACGCCAAAAAGGAUCACCGAAGCACAAAUUCAUGGUGUUGUGGCAUAAAAACAAGAAAAGGAAACCAAGAGAUUAAAACAACAGGAAGGCCAACACUGAUUGCUUUCAGGAACAGCGGUAGACUCUGAUUCUUCUUCUCGGUGGAGGCUGACACAGGAGCUGAACCAGCACUACAACCAAGACAGCCACGAGAAGGCUUAAGAGAGCAGAGCCGACAUCACCACCACCACCCCCACCCGAAGAGCAGCAGAGCAUCCCCAUCUCCUUCACCCUCCAGUCUACUACGACACUUUUAACUUAGCAGAAAAGGAUGACGCCCAUAAAUAUAUAGGUGGCCAAGGCAUCAAAAAAGCUCACCUAUCUUUAAUGUCACAGCUGAACCAACCAGUGAGUGGCACUUUGUUUCUCUGGUAGAGACGCAUGCAUGGUGGCAGCAGCCAUGUCUGUACUCUGCUUCUGCAAUUAAACAGGAUGCAAGGAAAGAAAGAAAGAGACGAGGCCAAAUGAUAUCUCACUCGGUCACCUUUGGUAAACCAUCACUUGCAAUGUCAAAUGAUACCUCAUUCUCCAAUAGUUUUUUAAGGAUAGUUCAUUCAUAUGCUUGAGAGCACAUAUACAAAUAAAUUAAGGUUUACCGUACCGUAUCGAUUAUGCCAUAUCGGUACAUUGAUCAGUAAGACGA